AUGUUUGGUCGUCGACGAAGACCCAUCCUCGGUGCCGCCGUGCUUGUCGGUGCGUCCAGCGUCGCCGCCAAGCGCGCAGUACAACGGCAGGACAUGAUGAGCACGCAGCGUGAGAUGGAGAUCCAGUACCAAGUCGACGCACGCAGACGCGAAGAAGAAGAACAAGACCGACGAACACAGCGCGCCGUCGAGGAAGCCCUCAAGAAGUCUGCCGCGGAAAAUCAGGCUGCCCAACCACAACAGGGCGCCGUUGCGUCGCCUCCUCCACAACAGCAGCAGCAGCAGCAGCAGCAGUACAACAACCCAAUGCCAAUUCAGGGGCAUGACAGUGGCUAUUUGUCGCCCGGACAGCAACAAGCGUAUAUGGUGCCCAACAUGCAGCAGCCAGAGCAGCUGAUGCGAGCUCCUUCUCCACAGCCGCCGGCGUACUACUUGUCGGCAUCUCCAGCGCCGGACGCGAGGCCAAAGAGUGCACAGGGACUUGGUUCUGCGGAGCCGGUUCAAGAAUUACGAUCUCGAUAUUGUACGCAAUGCGGUUAUGCUUGCCGAGAUGGGGAUAGGUUCUGUGCUGGAUGUGGUGCAAGGCAGGGUCCUCAAGAUACUAGUGUACUGAUUUGA